ACGAGACAAGAAUAACGGAAAUAAAGUUAACGGAUAUACCUUUAUCAUAUGUCCGUCCCUCCAUCCAUCUCAAAACGCCUAUCGGCGUGCAACCUAUGUAGCUUAAAGUCCCGCCCUCUCUCUUAAACGCUAAUUUGGGCUGUCUCACGACGGCACGCCUUGGAGCGAGCGUCAGGAACCGACUCUUCUAACGAUUUUUCGGUCCGAGUUUAGAAGUGUAAAAGUAACCUAGUCCGGGUGGUGUUCAUUUAAAACGUCGUGGUGUUGUAGUGGUGAUGCUUGGGGUGGUCGGAAUGACGGGCAGCAUGGCUAACGCCCUGGCCAACGCAGCGUGCGAGCGCUGCAAGAGUGGCUUUGCUCCUGCGGAGAAGAUUGUGAACAGCAAUGGAGAGCUGUACCACGAGCAGUGCUUCGUCUGCGCUCAGUGCUUCCAGCAGUUCCCAGAGGGACUCUUCUAUGAGUUUGAAGGCAGGAAGUACUGCGAACACGACUUCCAGAUGCUGUUCGCCCCCUGCUGUCAUCAGUGUGGGGAGUUCAUCAUCGGCCGUGUGAUCAAAGCCAUGAACAACAGCUGGCACCCUGACUGUUUCUGCUGUAACAUCUGCCAGGCAGUGCUCGCUGACGUUGGCUUUGUCAAGAAUGCUGGCAGACACCUGUGUCGUCCCUGCCACAACCGAGAGAAGGCUCGCGGCCUUGGGAAGUACAUCUGUCAGAAGUGCCAUGCCAUCAUCGAGGAGCAGCCUCUCAUCUUCAAGAAUGACCCCUACCACCCUGACCACUUCAACUGCAGCAACUGCAGUAAGGAGCUGACAGCCGAGGCAAGGGAGCUGAAGGGUGAGCUGUACUGUCUGCCCUGCCACGACAAGAUGGGGGUCCCGAUCUGUGGUGCCUGCAGAAGACCCAUCGAGGGUCGCGUGGUCAACGCCAUGGGCAAGCAGUGGCACGUGGAGCACUUUGUGUGUGCCAAGUGUGAGAAGCCCUUCCUGGGUCACCGCCACUAUGAGAGGAAGGGGCUGGCCUACUGUGAGACCCAUUACAACCAGCUGUUUGGAGAUGUUUGCUACCACUGCAACCGUGUGAUCGAAGGCGACGUGGUCUCAGCCCUCAACAAGGCCUGGUGCGUCAGCUGCUUCUCCUGCUCCACCUGCAACACCAAACUCACCCUCAAGAACAAGUUUGUGGAAUUUGACAUGAAGCCGGUAUGUAAGAAAUGUUAUGAGAAGUUUCCUCUGGAGCUCAAGAAGAGGCUGAAGAAGCUGGCUGAGGCGGUGGGCAGAAAGUAAUGUCGUCCCAAGCCCUUCGGGUGUUUUAAUACCUUUGACCUAAGAUGAGGCCUACUGUGGUGUUGACGAGUUGAUUUCAUAUUCCCCCUCCUGUUUGACCUGACUUAAACUCCUAUCCUAGUAUGUUUGACUUUAUGUUGACCCCUGCAGUAGAAUGUUAGACCUUAAGGUAAGGCCUACUGUGGUAUGUUGACCUUAAGGUAAGUUGUAGUGUUCACCUGAAGGUUAAGUUUACUAUAGUGUUAACCUUAAGGUAGGGUCUACUGUUUGUUUGCCUUAAGGUAGGUUCUCCAGUAGUUUUGACCUUAAGGGGCCUACUAUAGUGUUAACCUGAGGCUGUUUUCUUAAGUCUUAACUUCAUUUAUUUUUCCACAUUUUUUUAAUGCCCACGGUAUUUAUAUUCGCUCCUUAUGCAUCACAGUGGAUAUUGCAUCGCAAAACGCUCUCCAUUUAAGAUUAACAAUUGGUAUAUUAGUGUUUCUAUUCUAGUUAAAGUGUUGCCAACCUACUUUAGUUCUUAUUUUACCUUUAUCAUAGCCCACAUGAGAAGCUAUAUAUGAUAUUUUAUUUUGUAGAUGUAAUGCUAAAGAACAGCAAUACCCUUUUAUUGUGGUAAGAGAUUUAUUCCACUAGGAUACUACUUUGAAAAUGUAAAUCCGGUGGAUUGAUGCAACAAAGAAUAUAUCUGAUUGGCUUUUGUAUUGUGCCUUGAAUAUAACCAUGUAUCCUGAUAUGCAAUUCAUUUUUUAUUUUUUCAUAAAGCUCUAUGUAUUUUCAGAUGUAUUAUGUUUAUGAUGCAUUAAUAUGCCACAAUUGUAUUUUUCUUAAUCACAAAUGCAAAUAUACCUUUAAUCAAUAUUGGGUCAUGUGAUUGCACUACAGUUACUAAUGCUUAAUAUACAUGCACAGCACACCCAUCUUAUGCUGUCUUGAUAUUCACACCAUCACUAUGAACCUUCGCACCUCAGUCGUGUGAUUUUGGGUGACGGUGUAAUUUGGAAUUGGCGAAAUGAAAGGAAAAAACAGGGAUAGUUAGAACUUCCAUUAUGUGGGUUCCUGCUUGUUGGCACCGAAUGAUCAGCCCAAUAAUUAGCAUGUUGGCAAUUCAUGGGUACGACACCUUUUCAUUUGAAAGAACUUAAUAAAGAUAUCACAACAUAAUA